CAUUGCUAUAUUUAUGACGACACUUGGCUCAAGUAUAUGCAGUUCAAUAACAACUUAUGGAGAAAUGGACACAAGGCGCUGUCUGAGAAUUUCUGUUGCAUUGCAAUUCCUGGAGAUGGUAGUUGUGUGCAUGUGUCUUAACCGGUAUUGCGGAGAAGAAACAUUUGUUACCACGCACAGAAAGAACAAUGACACUAGUUUGCACGUCAAGACAGAAGCAAAUGUUCAGAGCUCUAUUACAAUAUAUUGCUUAGAACAUGAAUGUCCAGUCGACGAAUACAUACCAGUAUGUAGUGAAAACGGUAUGUCAUUCAAAUCUCCUUGCUCUGCGGGCUGCCGUUACGACAAUUUGAAACAGAAAAAGUUUUUCAACUGUACAUGUGCAGGAACUAAUCAGUUUGCCAUCCAUGGUAGAUGCCUAACCCACUGCGAUGGUGCCACUUAUACGCUGGUUUUAUUGGCUCUCCGUUGCUUUUUAAUUGGAGCGAUUUUAAGUGCGAUGGCAUCCGUGAAAGUCAGUUGCACCUCCAAAACAGACAGAACGGUAGCAAUGUCGAUCAUGACUCUGUUCUCCAGCCUCUUCGGAUUCUUACCUUCUCCGUUUCUCUUCGCAUAUCUCGUGGACAGUACCUGUAUCCAAUGGAAUCGUCAACUCUGUGGAGAAAAAGGUUCUUGUUAUUUAUAUAACUUACAGGAAUUCCAUAUAAAAUAUUUUUCCCUUCAAAGUGUUUUAAGCAUGUUGUGCUUCAUAUUUUUAUUAGUUGCUGCCUUUUUUGGACUAAACUCGGAGAAAUAUUUACCGAAAGAAACAAAAAUAACAAAUGAAUAUACCGAUGUUGUUGAUGACUUUUGUCAAAAUUAGAGCACUAAUGUGAGACGUUUUAUUUUGCCCUUAUCUGGCUUACUUACAUAUGACAAUAUGCCCUCCGUUUUUAGAUUAUCAUUUUGUCUCAGUUACCGAUUAUUAACUAGGUUAACUGCCACUAAAAUGGAAAAUUAAGAUGAUCUUUGAGAAAAGAAGCCAACAAAGUCAACAAGGUCUCUCAGCAUAUUGCUCACCAAAGAUUAAUUACUUUAUUUUCCGGCAUACAAGUCAAAUUUUACAGACCAAAAUUUACAACCAAAACCGAUAAGUUGACUUAUACACCUAGACAACUUUGGGGAACAAAAAAAUUCCAUGUGAAAUACUGCCGGAUUUAACAGAUAGUGACGAUGAUUGAAUGUUUACACUAUAUACAACGUCGACUUGUACGCCGGCAAAUACGGUUUUAGUAUGCAAAGCUGAAACGAAAAAUUUCUCCUUUCCGUUAGCCUACACUCCAAUUUACUUUAUUGUAUAUCCAAAAUAAAAUGAAUUUAAUUUUUAUUCAUCAAAAAUGAAUUGAAACGAUUAACAAAAUAAAAAGAAAAUAAAAACAA